GAUCAAAAACACAACAUACUGGAAGGAAUGGCUGCUGAAAUAUAUAAGCAUAAAGCUUAUCCUAGUACUAAAAAUAUUGUCAUGGCUGCAGAGGCUUUGGUGAGCAAACAUCCCUGUCUAAAAGAAAAAGGUUCCAAAACAGGGUAUGAGGGUUGGAAGAACAGCCUGCGUUUCAAGAUGGGCAACUACAGGACCAAACUGACCAAACUGAGCAGGGCAGGCAUUAAGGAUGUGGCUGUGAAUGCAGGAAAGCGCAGCAGGACCUACCCAGAAGGUGGAGCAUCCAGGGCCAACAUCAAAAGACCCAGAAGAGGAGAAAUAAACUUCCUGCCCAGUUAUCCCCAAGGAGAAACUAAGGACACACUGGAGAACCAGAGGCUUGAGAUGGUGGAGCAGUUCAAGAAGACGGUGAUUGAUAGAGACAUGAUUAUGAUCCAUCAACAUAUGCAGCGCACCUUUGCACUCAGGCGUGAAGAAAUUGUAAAUUCAGCUCCUCCCAUUGCUGAACUGAAAGACAGAUGGCCUGCACUCUUUUGUGAAGCCCAACUCUACAGUGAAUUCCACAGGAUCACCAAUCAAAAUCUACUGUAUUCCAUCUUUGUUGCACUUGACAAGUACACACCUCAGCUGUUGAAGCUCUACAAAAAGAGGAAGACUGGAAGCUUUGGCGAGAAGAUGGAGGAAGUUUUGAUGGCAUAUGAGGAACAGGACAAGAGCAACAUCCCUGCAGCUCAAACAGCAGCCCUGGCCGGCCUUCCGCUGUACUUAAAGGAGGAUUCAUCCGAGGUCUUCAGAACUUGCAAGGAUGAGUUGGAGGCAAUCCAGGAUGGAGCAGUGGCUCUGGUGGCAGUGGUGAAUGAAGAGGAGGUUCCUGCUGGAGUUCCCUUUGAAACUCAUCAUGUUUCAAUUGUCCUUGAGGAUCAGGUUGUAAUGUCUCACAGAUCUUGGACUGAUUCACUGGUGAUUUUGUUUGGACUGAUCUAUGCCCUUCAUUUGAGCUAUCCUGAGAAGCUAAGUGGCUUCUUUGAGUUCAUCCAGGUUGUCCACUUAAACCUUGAUGAUGGAAGAAAGCAGCUCAAACCUAAGUUACAAGCCUUGAGAAAUGAGUUAAAGUAAAGAUUUUAACAUGUUCUUUUUUUGAAGGUCAGAAAUGUUCUAAAAAUUAUCUUUUGGCUUGCAUACCAAAACUGUUUGUUUAGCCUCUUCUGUCAGGUAUCUUUCCACAGGCCCUGAAAACUGCAGUAAUCAAGCCACUUUUAAAAAAGAACAACCUAGACACAUCA